GAAACAUGAGCACAACAGGAAAGGUAAUUAAGUGCAAAGCCGCUGUCCUCUGGGAGCUGAAGAAACCCUUUACCAUUGAGGAGGUGGAGGUCGCACCACCUAAGGCCCAUGAAGUUCGUAUUAAGGUGGUGGCCUCAGGAAUCUGUCGCUCAGAUGAUCAUGCAGUUUCUGGCUCCCUUGCUGUCCCCCUUCCUGUGGUUUUGGGUCAUGAGGCAGCAGGCAUUGUAGAGAGUGUCGGAGAAGGAGUGACAACUGUCAAACCAGGUGAUAAAGUCAUCCCACUGUUUGUACCCCAAUGUGAAAAGUGCACUGUCUGCAAACACCCAGAAGGCAAUUUAUGCUUGAAAAACGACCUCCUCAAAUGUCAAGGAACCAUGCAGGAUGGGAGCUGCAGGCUCACCUACAAAGGGAAGACUGUCUACAGUUUCCUGGGCAUCAGCACCUUUUCCCAGUAUACAGUGGUGGAUGAGAAUGCAGUGGCCAAAAUUGAUGCAGCUGCCCCAUUGGAAAAAGUCUGUCUCAUAGGUUGUGGAUUUUCUACUGGAUAUGGGUCUGCUGUCAAAACUGCCAAGGUCAAACCAGGCUCUACCUGUGCUGUGUUUGGUCUUGGAGGAGUUGGCCUGUCUGUUAUCAUGGGAUGCAAAGUGGCGGGGGCAGCCAGGAUCAUUGGGAUAGACAUCAACAAAGACAAAUUUGCAAAGGCCAAAGAGGCAGGUGCCACUGAGUGCAUCAGCCCUCAGGACUUCCAGAAACCCAUCGAAGAGGUGCUGAAGGAGAUGAGUGGAGGAGGUGUGGACUUUUCAUUUGAAGUCAUUGGUCGACUUGACACCAUGAUGGCUGCUCUGAUGUGCUGUCAGGAAUCCUUUGGAGUCAGCGUCAUUGUUGGGGUUCCUCCGGGCUCAGAGACUCUUCCUGUCAGCCCCAUUUUACUGCUAACUGGACGCACAUGGAAAGGGGCUGUUUUUGGUGGCUUUAAGAGUAAAGAUUCUGUCCCCAAACUUGUGACAGAUUUUAUGGCUAAGAAGUUUUCACUUGAUCCUUUAAUAACCCACAUUUUACCUUUUGAAAAAAUAAAUGAAGGAUUUGAACUACUUCGCUCUGGAAAGAGUAUCCGGACCAUCCUGACAUUCUGAGGCCAUUCAAAGCUGGCCUUUCCUGGUAGCAACCAUCAUCCUUUCCUGGUAGCUUUUCCAUCAUCGGGAACAUCUGCCAAAUGAAACCACAAAUCCUGUUUUUAAAGAUCCCUUCAAUCAUUUACACGUGAAAACUUUCCCAAAAUAUGAAAACUGAUGUAGAAUCGUUUUCCAAGAAAAUGUGUAAGAUCUUGAUGAGAAC